CCUCCAACUAGUGUUACUAAAUGGGAAAAUCGACGAAGACGAGUUUAGCUAUUUGAGUUUCACUUGUAAUUUUACUUAAAACAACUCCCUAAUGAUGAUGAUUUAUUAAGCACGUCUUUAUCAAUUUUGUUUCUAUUUGCGUCUGCUUCCUUCUCUUUACGUUUCCGAUGAACUAAGAAAGCGGUUUUGCCUCUUGUACAAUUUCAAGCGCUUCCACUGCCCUUAUCUUAAUCAGCAAUAUGAAACGCCUUCCUCUGAACGGAAUACAAUACGCCGUUCUUAAUGGAAAUCACCGGCAUCAUUCUGUUUCAUCUCCAUCGCUGUAUAAGGAUAGCCGGAUUUUUAUUUUUGCGCGCAUUCGCAUUUUUCCAGCUUUCGACGGGAACCGGUGGCUCAGUACCAAAGCGGAUUCAAUUCCAUCCGAGUUUCGGGGAUCCAACGCGUAUGAGAUGUUAGGCGUCUCAGAGACCAGCUCAUUAGCUGAAAUUAAAGCGUCCUUUCAUAAAUUAGCUAAGGAGACUCACCCUGACCUUGCUGAUUCCUCCGCCUCCCGGCGAUUCAUCAAAAUCCUUGCCGCUUAUGAGAUACUUUCCGACGAUGAGAAAAGGGCACACUAUGAUGAGUAUUUAUUAUCUCAAAGAGUGAUAGUUCAGGGAUAUUACAGAGAGGGUUCUGUUAUGUAUACGUAUGAGUCACGUCGAGCAGCAGGCAGGGAGACGGAAGUGGUAGAAUGGCUGAAAUGGUAUAGAAAUGCAGUGAAUGAGAUUUUGGCUGAGAAAAGGGUGGUUGUAGGGUCAGGUUAUUUUGAUGUACUGGAAAGAGAUUUCUACUCAGCAAUACAUGCUGCUUUCUAUGGCCCUGAGAUUGACUCCUUUGAUCUUCUUCCUGAAUGUUUCGAAGCGGAGGUCAGGUCUGAUCUUGGGACUCCGGAGGUGCUGCACUUGGUGUCUGGACGGGAUCUCUUUGGCAUGGUUUGUGUAGCCAAUCACGUCCCUGUUAUAACCCAUGCCCACAGGAAAGAAUUAACAUCCUUUGCAUCAGAUUUAUGCCGAUCUGUUGUUGGUAUAUUGAAAGGCUGUGGUACGACUGGUGGUGGCAUUCAUCAGAAGAGAGUUACUGAAUCUGGUUAUGACACCUCUGACGCAUAUAAGAACCUUGAAUUGUACAUAGCAGGAAGGUUAGUUGCUGUAGCCACUAGGGUUCCACCAAAGAUUGAAGAAGGGAAGCAGAACAAAGAAGAUAGGAUCCGUAUUUAUCUUGUCUCACAUGGUGAGUCUACAGGCUUAAGUCAAGGAAUUGAUGAAGAUAGUGAUCUGGAUUAUUCAGUUGGAUAUAGGGUACCCCUGGGAAGCAUAAGUGGCCUUGGGACCAGCCCCGAGGAAGGAUCCUGCACUGUAUAUGAUAACCGGGAAGUCAACACCCACGUAAUUAUGAAGCAUAGAACGUUGCUGGUGAAACACCUGCAUUGGUACCAAUUAGGUGAAAGAGCUUCAAUUUGUGAAUGUAGAUGCACCAGAGCAAGGUUGCCACCUAGCAAGUUUUGGAUAUUCGAGCCUCGCUGUUGUAUGCAUGACAUUGGAGGUUGGUAUGUGGAGACAUUCGGCAGGGACAAGAAGGCACGCAAUGUCCCAUCUCAAAGAUACUGGAAUGGAUCUGACACUAAUCAAUUCUUCGAAAAGAGCCUCCAUCCAGCCAUGUAUCUGCUUGCUCUUGCCUAUAGAAGUCUAGAUAUUGAAGAUGCCAAGAUGAGGAAAAAGGCUAUGAAGGAUAUUGUUGAAGCAAACAUGUUCAGAAUCCUUAGCUGGUUCAAGAAACUUGUUUAGAGAUACUCCAGGUUUCCUUGGUCUUCCCACUUGCAGUAUUGCCCUCCUGCUAAUGCUCGAUAAAACCUGUCUCUGCAGUAAACUGGCCUUCCAUCAGCUGCUUCAGCUGCAGCAGCUGCUAGGUCAUCAUCAGACUUCACUUCUACUGGCAAGCGUAAAAGUUCUUCUUUCCUAAAAAUUGUGUUCAAAUCAAGAAAGUAAGUACAUCAUCAGAAUUUAUCAUUUUUAGUGUUUGUUUACUUGUUUAUUGGGGAAGAAGUUUCUUCAUGUCUGCCUUUGUUUACCUUAUGUUGAACUUGGCUGCCAUUUUUGAAUCUGAAACUUUAGAUGGGUCCUCCUUGGAAAAGGUGCUUUGAAUGAAAUCCUCGACUGGUGUAGCAAAAACAAAUAGAAAAACGGCUGCAACAAGUAAAACUCCUGUCCCAACUAGAGUCUGUUUCAGCAACUGGAUGACUGGUUUAACCUAGAUGCGCAAAUUUUCAAUUCUGCAACUCAGUAUGUAUAGUGACAUGUUUAUAUUGACUUCUAAACUAUGAGAACUCUAAUGCUUCAUUUAAAUCCAUGAAUAUAAGAACUGAAAUUUGUUGCUUCCUGGAUUAAGAGUUGCCCGAGUUUUUGAGAGCAGUGCAGUUUUAAAGAUAUUCUUUGUGAAAGCAAUGACUUAAGAGUUCUUCAAAGAUACUGCUUUACCAUCCUCAUACAACCUUAUAAGAACCGAGCAAUCUAUCACGAGCCAGAAUCUGCAUCAAAUAAUGCUGUUGUAAGCUCUAAGUGAUUGUGUUAAUGGACGAAACUAAUUAAGACUUACCCAAGAAAAUGAGAAAUAAAAUGUUAAAAUUUUAGAUGACUUUUUGCUUCGUUCCUGGGAAUUGUGUCUGAUACUACACUACUCUUUUAACUUCACUGUUUAGAAUGCUAACGAUCAUGAUUGUUUUUAGCCAUCAUUACAUCACAUUCGAUGCUUUUGAGCAUUUCCCUCUUCUCUCAUGCAAUUUCCAAACUAGUUGCAGGAAUUUUGGCUUACCUCUGGUGGUUUUACCCACAUUUGUCCAUCGUACCAUCCAGUUUCUUCAUAAGGUAUGACUGCUGAGAGAAGUCUGUCACCAACGUAACUCCAGCCCUGUUGCAUGGAUCUAAAUUGUCAUAUUUUCCCAAAACUUUAAAUUGAGAAACAGAGAGUUUAUCAGUUUAGCUGAUUAAGUUAAGUCAUCUAAAGGAGUUGGGUCUUAUUAGCUGCCUUAAAUUAUUUCAUACAUGUUCCGUAUAGCUGAAGAAGAACGAAAAAAUUUGUUCAGCCGUUUAUGUUUUAAAUGGCUCAUACCAGAUAAAUUCUCAAGACAAUUAGUGAAACAAGAAAGAGAGUUCCUGUGCCAGCCGCCAAGACAAAACGCAGAGGAUCCUGCACAGAUAUAAACGUUUUUGAGUUUGAAGAGGUUGGCAUAUAAUGAUUUUAAACAAAAUGAUGGAUAGUAGUUGUUAAAUCUUGUUUGUAACACUAUGUUCUUCAUGCUCCUAGUAUUUUUUUUUUUGUUUUUUUUUGUUUUGGUGAGCAUGUUAAGCAGAUGACAAAUUUUUAUGGAGCUUUUUCAUAAUUAUUUACGAUGCGCUGGCUAAGCUCUCCAGUUGCUGACUGAAUCUGAACUCUAAAGCUUUUAAGGUCCUAUCAGUUUUCUGUGAGCUCAAGAGAAACAUCUGCAGUUUUUGUGGUCCAAGGUUCAUACAUUAGGCAUGCAUUUUUUUAAUAGUGCGCUAAUUAUCAUGUUUUUGAAGCAGUAUGGAAAGCCUAUGAUAUCGGGGAGAAUUGUGAUACCUUUUCUGGACUGAAGCUUGCAGCUGCAAUUGGCACCCCUAGAGUGGUGAAAGUGACUAACCAAAGACCUCCAAGACGAAGAAAAAAGGAUCCCGGGCCCAAUUCAGCCCAUGAAUAUAAAGAAGAAUCUUUAAGUGAUGAGUACUCAUUCACCUGUAAGUUUAAGUCGGUUGGCAUGAUACUUUUCAUUUCAAAUCAACCUCAUAUAUAAUCACACAAUACAAGAAGCUAGGGUGUAAAAGAUAGUAUAGCAUAAAAUGUUUGACCUCUACUGCGUCAUGUGCAGUUUGUAAAUGGCUGUGAAACUCAAUUGAGGAUAUUCAAGCUUUUAAGCAAGAUGGGAGAAAAGCAUACCGGUCUUUGUUCAUAAGGCACCUCAAUUUCCAAUCCGGGGUCCCAAUUACGACCAGGUAAUCCACUUGUGCCUCCAUUUCUUUCAUCUUUGAGGGCUCUAAUGGUCACCCUUGCAGACAGAAAUUGGUUUCGGUUACAGUGAAUUAUCCAUGAGCUGCAGCCAGCCCCAGUUUUUGGUUUUGUUGGAUUUGGAAAGAGAGAACAAUAGACAUUCAACCUGAGCAUUUAUUGUUUUACCAGAAUUCAAGACCCUGAGAGUGGAAAAGGCUGAGCUUCUUCUGAUGGUGUUCUGUGAAUUGGAGAAGAAAGUAGUGAGAUAUCAGGAGUCGGAUAUUUCAAAGACCCUGCAUUAUUUUACGUGGAGGAAGAUAAUGGAGGCAGAAUGUUCUGUAUCAUAUAAUCUGAGAGUUGGGGUGGGGGAGAGGUUGGUUUUUUUUGGAGGCUUAUGCGUGACCCACACUUGAAGAGUUAAGAGCCACUAAGUUGGAUUAUCCGACUUCCAUUUUCUGCUGUUAUUAACUUUUUUGUUUUCAUUAUUUAUAUUUUUCUUUUGAUAUAUAAACACUUCCUAUAUAUAUAUGUUGGGUUCCAUUUUUAUUUUGUGGUUAACGUUGCUAACGCGUGGGACGAGUUAUGUGGGCAACAUGGCAGCAGCAACCGUGCACGCUGCAGUUAGUUACUUUCUUAUGCCUUCACGAGCUGUGUUGCUCCAAAACUUGGAAUAUCUUCAUUCCAGUUUAGCUAUGAAAAUCCUUCUCUAUACGUCUUAGCCAACAAAAAUCUUUCUAUUUUCUCAAGUAGUUUGAAGAAGCAUCGGAUCUCAUUUUACGUUGAAAUGUAGAAAUAAAUACGAAAAUUGGCAACAUCCUAAUUCAUCAAGUUCUAAAAAGGGUACAGAACAGCACUUCCCCAGGGAGUUACUUGUAUGCCUAAUGGAUCUGCU